AUGGCUAAUGCAUCUUCAGUGUCUGAAUUUCUACUCCUGGCGUUUUCUGAGGUCCGGGAAUUGCAGAUUCUACAUUUUUCAGUGUUCCUGGUAUUGUACUUGGCAACUGUAUCAGGGAACCUUCUUAUCAUUUCUGCAGUAGCCUUUGACCAUCAUCUAAAUUCUCCUAUGUACUUCUUUCUGAUGAACCUGGCCGUGCAAGAUCUUGCUCAAGUUACAGUCAUCAUCCCCAAAUCCAUGGCCAAUUCCCUCAUAAAUGACAGACACAUUUCUUAUUCUGGAUGUGUUGCCCAAGUCCUCUUGUUGUUUUUCUUCCUAUCUUCUGAUUUUUUCCUUCUCACAGUCAUGGCAUAUGACCGGUACAUUGCCAUUUGCAACCCCUUACAUUAUGAGAUGGUGAUGAACAGGAGAGCCUGCACUGAAAUGGUUAUUAGUGUAUGGAUCAGUGGUCUGCUCUUUGGGAUGCUACACGCCAGUGGAACCUUUGCAACCUCUUUCUGUUCUAAUGUUGUCAAUCAGUUUUUCUGUGAAAUCCCACAAUUACUGAAACUCUCUUGUUCUGACAUAAAUAUUAUUGAAAUUGGGGUUAUUCUGCUGAGUGGUGUUAUUGCAUUUGGCUGCUUUAUAUUCAUUGUUGUAACAUAUGUGCAAAUUUUCACUGCUGUGUUAAGGAUCCCCUCCGCUAAGGGGAGACAAAAGGCUUUCUCUACUUGCCUUCCCCAUCUCAUUGUCUUCUCUAUUUUUAUGUUCAGUGGUUGGUUUUCCUACUUGAGCACUAUCUCUCACAUCAAAUCACAUCUGGAUUUGGUUUUUGCUGUGAUAUAUACAAUGGCUCCACCCUUGCUGAAUCCAGUGAUUUAUAGCCUGAGGAACCAGGAGUUUAAAACUGCCCUCUCCAAAUUACUGGGUUUGAGAUCUUCUGAGAGUUAA